GGCACGUUAUUUUACCGGCGACAAUGUUUUUAUUUUUAAAAAACACAUACGCACAAACCAUUUAACUGCAGUAACUGAAAGUUCACGAAAAUGUGUGAUAAAAUUGUAACGUCUCUUAAAAACAUUGAAUUAGAAGCAAAAACUUCAAAUUUGAAAAAAACUUGUCAGCAUGUUUUGGAAUUGAUGAAAAAAGAUGAAACUGAAAUCAAUUGUGUGAUAGAUGAGUUAUCAGAAUUUAUUCUAAACUUUGAAGAUGCACACUUAUUUAAGAAAUAUCUCUCUAACAUACUGCUGGCACUGGUAUCGAGCAAGAUCCCUUUGAAGCCAGUGUUUUCAAAUCAAAAUUACGAUCAAUGUACUGAUUUGGAAAAAACACACCAUUUGGAAUUUUCAAUAGCUCUGGCUAUGUUAAGUGACCACCCUGAUGUUCUACAAUAUGCCUUGAAAUACUUUCAAAUUAAUGCAAUACCACCAUAUGAAGUAUUUAUUCAUCAUGAGGAUUCCUACAAUGUUGCACCAAAAAAACGAAGAUUGCUGGAUUACCGACAAAAGAUAACAGACUAUCAAAUAGUAUUAUGUUGUUAUACAUUACUUAGCAAAUUGCCAAAUGAGUUAUCAACACAAUGGGACUGGACUACAUUUGUAGUCAAUUUUAGCAAUCAUGAAAACACUGAAAUACGAUGGAUGGUGAAGGAAUGUAUGGCUAUUCUAACAAAUAUGACUGAAGCACAAUCAAAAAUGCUAUCAAAACAUUUAAACCUCAAAGAACAAGAUGAAAUAAAGAAUGUACCUCAUGCUAAAGAAACAUACAUUAUUGACGGGAAUAUAAAUGAAUUGAAUAUGAAUUCAAGCAAUGUUGUAAAUAUUGACGGUAUAUUGUUACCAAUAUAUGAUAAAAGUAACAUCCAAUCUGGGCAUUUAGUGCCUGUUAAGUCAACCAUUAACAAUUUACGAAGCUUAGCUCUAGCUGUAGCAUCAGGUAAAGCUCUUUCUCUAAUGGGUCCAGUGGGUUCAGGGAAAACUUCUCUCGUAGAACAUUUAGCCGCUAUCACGGGACGUAAGGGUGUAGCAUUUAAAAAAGUUCAGCUAGGUGAUCAAACUGACUCACGAAUGCUGCUUGGUUCUCAUCAAUGUACUGAUGUUCCGGGUGAAUUUAUAUGGGCACCAGGUGUCCUUACUGAGGCAGUUCAAAAUGGCCAUUGGCUUUUAUUGGAAGAUAUUGACUGUGCAGCUUUAGACGUGGCAUCAACAUUGAGUUCCUUGUUAGAAAGAAACACACUUUGUGUACCAGGGUACAGAGAUGCUUUACCAGUUACACCAGGAUUUCAAUUAUUUGUUACCCAGAGAACUGUAGUAACUAAUUAUGGAUUCCAGAAGAAAUUGUCUAAUUCAAGUACAUUAUUGCAAAAACACUUGACUCAAAUAAAUGUUGAACCCUUAUCUCAGUCAGAGUUGGCAGAAAUAAUACAGACUAAAUAUUCUAGUCUUUCGACCAUCUGUUCGAGGAUGAUAGAAGUGUUCAUGAUGUUUUCUGUAGGCAACCAUGACGCUUCAUUAUCAUCAACAGAAACCAAUGAAAAAUAUUCGAAUGUCGUCGUAAUGCGAGGGUCCAGACUAAUUUCAACUAGAGAUCUUAUGAAAUGGUGUGCCAGGUCGGUAGUCGGAUUUAAUAUUUCGAGUCCAGAUUCGGCUCUUAAAGUUCUUCAAGAUGCCCUGGAUAUAUUCACGUGCUCCAUAUCAUCACCAGAACAUAGGUUAGAAUUAGCAAAGAAAGUUGGCACGUGUUUGGGCAUUGUUGAAACGAAAUCGGAAUUUUACUGCAAACAUUAUAAACCAAAUGUAUCAUUGCAUCCAAAUUCGUUGGAAGUUGGAAGAUCUAAAAUACCACGAAUUGAGAAAAGUUUGGAUACGAUUGAUUUUGAUAAAAAAGAAGUUGUGUUUUCAUUUACACGUCAGUCAGCUUGCUUACUUGAAAAAAUAGCAUGUUGUGUCACAUCAAACGAGCCCGUUCUUCUUGUUGGGGAGACAGGUACGGGUAAAACAUCAUCAAUACAGUAUUUGGCAAGACAAACUGGUCAUAAACUUGUUGUUAUAAAUAUGAACCAACAAUCUGAUUCAGCCGAUUUACUUGGAGGCUACAAACCAGUAGAUCUCAAAUAUGCCGUACGACCAAUAAAAACAGAAUACAUUGAGAUGUUCAAAGGUUUCUAUAAUGUGGAAAAGAAUAAAAAGUUCAUAAACCAUAUAGAAUCAUGCUAUGAUGCGGAGAACUGGACCGCAUUGUUGGCUUUGAUGAAACAAAGUCAUAAGGCAGCUGUAACUCGUUUGACGAACGAAAAUAAAUUAGAAAAGUUAAAAGUGUGGGUAGCUUUUGGAAAUAAACUAACAAAAUUGGAACAACAAGUAAAAGCAGCUUCUAAAUUGACUUUUGCAUUUAUUGAAGGAUCUCUCGUUAAAGCAAUGCAACAUGGGUAUUGGGUUUUGCUCGAUGAAAUCAAUCUUGCUUCGGCAGAAAUAUUGGAAUGUCUUGCUGGAUUAUUAGAAGACAAAAACGAGAGUAUAGAAUUACUCGAGAAAGGCGAUAAAGUUCCUAUUAAAAGACAUCCCAAUUUUACGCUUUUUGCGUGUAUGAAUCCAGCUACAGAUGUUGGGAAAAAAGACCUACCAGUGGGUUUAAGGAACCGUUUUACUGAGUUCUUCAUUGACGAACUAACAGUAAGAAAUGAUUUAAUGUUGCUCAUAGGUGAUUAUUUAUAUCACAUGAAUUUAAGUGGGGCUGUUUUGGAAGCAAUUUAUAACUUUUAUGCUACAGUAAAGAAAGAAGCAAAACUGAGUUUAGUGGAUGGAGCAGGUAAUGCACCACAUUAUUCUUUGAGAACGCUAUGUAGGGCUCUUUCAGCAGCAGCUAAAGCAAAAUGUGGCACCGUAACUCGAUCUUUGUAUGAAGCCUUCUGUCUUUCUUUUCUUACACAAUUAGAUAGAUCGUCUCAUCCCAAAGUUGAAGCUAUGAUUGCUAAGGCAGUCAUAGGAAAAAAGAAUUUAAAUUCUGUACUGAAGCAAUUAAUUCCAGAACCAAAAGUGGAAGGACAAAGUUUUUUACUCUUUGAAGGUCAUUGGAUUCCGCAAGGAAAGCUUGAUAUAAAUAUUCCUGACGGCUAUAUAUUGACCCCUACUGUACGGAAGAAUCUUCGCGACAUUGCACGUAUUAUAUCUUUAGGCAGAUUGCCCAUUUUACUUCAAGGUGAUACUUCUGUUGGAAAAACAUCUCUCAUAACUUAUAUUGCUAAGGCGUCUGGAAACUAUUGCGUAAGGAUAAACAAUCACGAACAUACAGAUUUACAAGAGUACAUAGGUUCAUAUGCAACCGAUUCUAGUGGAAAUUUAGUUUUUAAGGAAGGCGUUCUAGUUGAAGCUAUGAGAAAAGGUUAUUGGAUAAUUCUUGAUGAGUUGAAUUUAGCACCAAGUGAUGUGCUGGAAGCGCUCAACCGUGUCUUAGAUGACAAUCGCGAGCUUUUCAUUCCUGAAACGCAGCAAGUUGUUAAAGCUGAUCCAAACUUUAUGCUUUUCGCAACCCAAAAUCCUCCUGGUUUGUAUGGUGGUCGAAAAAUGUUAUCGAGAGCUUUCAGAAAUCGGUUCGUGGAACUUCACUUUGAUGAAAUACCUAGAAAAGAAUUAGAAACUAUUCUACAUCAACGAUGUCACAUACCUCCUACUUAUAGUAAAAAGAUGAUAGAAGUAAUGGCCGAAUUACAGGUAAGAAGGCGAGGUUCAGCAGCGGUUCAAGGCAAAGAUGGUUUUAUUACAUUGAGAGAUUUGUUCAGGUGGGGUCAAAGAUAUAAAUAUGCUUCCAAAGAUAUGUUAACAACAGAAAAGUUUUAUGAUUGGGACCAACACAUUGCUGAUGAAGGUUAUCUAAUUCUGGCUGGUAAAGUGCGUCAGAAAGAUGAACGAAAUAUAAUAGAGGAAGUUAUAGAGAAGCAUAUUAAAAGAACGGUAAACCCUGAUAAUCUUUUCAGCCUGCAUGCGACUACGUCUCCUGUGUCAAAGUCUAUUUUAGAAAUGCUCCUAAACAAUCAGCUUGCCGAAUUUUCACACAUAGUGUGGACAUUUAAUAUGAGAAGAUUAGCAGUUUUAAUAGCGAAAGCAUUCAUUCAUAAUGAACCUGUUCUUUUAGUUGGUGAAACGGGAUGUGGUAAAACUACUAUUUGCCAAGUUCUGGCUGCCUUAAGUCAAAGACAGCUACUUUCUGUUAAUUGUCAUAUGCAUACAGAAAGUUCAGAUUUCUUGGGUGGUCUCCGCCCAGUGAGGCAAUAUAAUAACGACGGCAGGUUAUUUGAAUGGGUAGAUGGACCGUUGAUCAAAGCUAUGGAGAAUGGCCAUUUGUUUUUGGCUGAUGAAAUAUCUCUAGCCGAUGAUAGUGUGUUAGAAAGACUUAAUUCACUACUCGAACCUGAAAGACAAUUGGUUCUAUCAGAACGGGGUAUGGAAAACAAUUCAGAUAUUGUAGUUAUAUCAGCAGUUACGAAUUUCCACUUUAUUGGUACUAUGAAUCCUGGUGGUGAUUUUGGUAAGAAAGAAUUAUCACCAGCUCUCCGCAAUCGAUUUACAGAAAUAUGGUGCGAUCAUGUAAGUACAAAGGAAGAUUUACUAAAAGUGCUCGAAAAAAGUGUUGGUAAAGGAAUUACAUUAGGAAAUCAAGAGGAUUGCACUUCCGGAAUCGGCAGUUGCAUUUUAGACUUUACGGAUUGGUUAAAAAACUCAGAAGUUACCAACAAAUUCCCAUUUAGUAUACGAGACUUGCUUUCGUGGGUACAAUUCAUUAAUGUAACAGUUACAAAAGCUUUACUAGACGUUUCCGAAGCUUAUGUCCAUGGAGCUUGUCUGACGUUUUUAGAUUGUUUCGGUACGACUCUCACAGGCCAUAUUGAUUCCGAAACGUUAGUUCUUUUACGUAAAAACGCUAUAGAAUUCUUACUUAAUCAAAUUAAAACAUUUGGUAACGAACAUACAGAUAAAUUGAAAGAAGUAUUAAGCAAUAAGAAAUUGGUGCUUAAAGCUGAAGCAAAUGAUUCUAAAUUUGGUAUCAAACCAUUCUUCAUUGAAUGCGGACCUCAUAAAAAUUUAGAAGAAAAACAGACCUUUACAUUUACCGCACCAACUACUGGAUCGAAUACCUUGCGUUUAUUACGUGGCUUACAAUUAAAUAAAGCAAUUCUGUUGGAAGGAAACCCAGGUGUCGGAAAAACUAGUUUGGUAACAGCUUUAGCUAAGUCUUCUGGACAUAAAGUUGUUCGCAUCAACUUAAGUGAUCAAACGGACAUAACUGAUUUGUUUGGGACUGAUUUACCUUCCGAAGAUGGUUCAUUUACAUUUAAAGAAGGUGCAUUCUUGAAUGCUCUUCAAAAUGGAGACUGGAUACUUCUAGAUGAACUCAACUUAGCUCCUCAACCAGUACUUGAAGGUCUCAAUGCAUGUCUUGAUCACAGAGGUGAAAUAUAUAUUCCAGAACUUGGUAAAACGUUUAAAGUUAAGGAACAAACAAAAUUAUUUGCUUGUCAAAACCCAUUGAAACAAGGCGGAGCUAGAAGAGGAUUGCCAGUUUCAUUCUUAAAUAGAUUCACACAAGUAUAUAUUGACACACUGACAAAGGACGACCUCUUAUUCAUUGUCGAUGCGCAGUAUCCUCAUUUACCUAAAGAUAUUUUACACAGGAUUGUUAAAUUUAAUUGCAUAAUUGCACAUGAGAUUACACAAAUGCAAACAUGGGGCCAUAAAGGUGGACCAUGGGAAAUGAAUUUGAGAGACAUUCAGAGAUGGUGUGAAGCACUAAUAAAUGACGAUAAUUUUAGUCAGAAACUUGCCCCAGGAAAGUUUGUUGAUAUGUUAUAUAUUAACCGAAUGAGAACCGAAGAAGACAAAAACAAAAUGAAACAAAUAUAUGAUGAAAUAUUUUGUCCAGCUUAUCCAAGAAGUAAUACUAGUCCCCAAUUCGAUAUAAAAGACGAUGAAAUAAUUAUAGGGGAUGUUAAACUACAGCGGAAUAGAGAAAAAACGUUCAAAAAUAGACGUUCAUUAGAAACAAACUUGUUAAUACUGAGGAAUCAACUACCAACUUUAAAAGCUUUAGCUCAAAAUAUUAAAAUGAAUUGGCUCUCCAUACUGGUGGGUCCGACAGCUACUGGUAAAAGUAGCAUCGUUCAAGUGUUAGCGGAUUUAACCGGAAAUGAACUGCAUGUUGUACCUGUCACGUCAGCAAUGGAUGUUUCUGAUCUAUUAGGAAGUUUUGAGCAAAUAGACUUUAAUAGAAAUCUAGAGAAUCUUUAUGAUGAAAUAGAAACAAUAACAUUGCAGAUUGUUCGAAAUAUUUGGCUGGUAAAAGAAACUUACCAAUGGAAAUCAGAUACAUUCCUUAGUAACUUAUAUCGGUAUAAAUCAUACCAAUCAAAUUUUGUAGAUAAAAAAUUCACAGAUGAAGAAACCAAAAACUUCAAAGAAAAAUUGAAAUUCCUCUCUGAUCAUUGUAAGAAGCUAUUAGAAUGUACUACAUCAUGUGGCAUAUCAUGCGAAGGAAUAAAGAAAAUUUUAGAUAACUUACAUAAACUACAAAUUAAAGUGACCAAACAUUUGUCAGUGAACGCCGGUGGUAAAUUUGAAUGGGUAGAUUCGUUGCUUGUAAAAACAAUGGAAGAGGGUUCAUGGCUACUAUUGGAUAACGUAAACUUGACAUCGGCAGCCGUGUUAGAUAGAUUAAAUGGAUUAUUAGAACCAAAUGGAGUACUAAAUAUUCCAGAGAGAGGUGAACUAAGUGAAAUUAAACCACAUGCAAACUUUAGAGUUUUCUUCACAAUGGAUCCAAAAUAUGGGGAAAUAUCUCGAGCCAUGAGAAAUCGAGGAGUCGAAAUUUUCUUAUUAAGUUCCGAAGACUGGGACUUAGGGUUAUCAGAGACAAUGGAUUACAUGGAUUUAGUUGCUCUGCUUUCUUCUUGCGGACUUCCCAACCAAUAUCAUGACAUUUGCAUACGGUGUCACGAAUCGAUGACGGCUUUCGUGCAAGGUUUAGAUCGUCCAACUGUCUCGCAUUUGCUGCAGGCAGCUCAUUUAACUUGGCAACAGUUACUCCGCGGAAUAUCGAGUAAGACGGCUUUGUUAAAUAGUUUUUCAGAUGUUUACAUAAAACCGAGGAGUGGAAGUGAUUUUGCUACUUCUGUAAACACAUCUCUCGCUGAAAUGAAAAACACAAUGCUAAAAGCCUUAGAACUUGAAUUGGGAACAGAGAACUAUGAACCCAUCGUGCUUAAUGACGUUAAUCAUACACUAACAGUUAAAGGAUUAUGCACGAAUUCUUCUUAUGAAAUAUCAAAACGAAUUGCAUAUUCUGCACUUAAACAAGCAAAUGAAGAAAUAACUACAGAUAAUGCAUUAAUUUCUCUGUUUUGCACAUUGACUACAUAUCAGAAAUGUCCUCAAGAACUAUUACACAUAGUAAAUUAUUUAUUAAAAUUAAAUAGAGAAGCACCAAAUAAAAAUAAAUUACGCACUUUAACUUCCCAAUUGAAUGAUAAAGCAUUUAAUUAUUUGAAUGGCAGCUUAAAAUCUGAAUCCUACAAAAGGUUUUUCACAGAAUCCUAUUUAUUAGAUAACAUGAUUGUUUCCGAAGUGAACACAGAGUUUAUCCAAUUAUUUUUACAAUUAAAAAACAUUGUUAUAAAGUUUUUCUUGCCAUCUACCGGUUUCUCUGCAUUCAACUACUCUUCCGCUGUUUCUGAAGGAAAAUUAACAGACGAUUUUGUAGAAUAUCCUAUUUUGAAAAAUUGUCAAAUCUAUCUUCAAAUUGUUGAUAACUAUAUCGGCAGUGCAAUAAAAUCAAGCGUAUCUUCAAUGAGUGAUGACAUCGUCUGCCUUUUACUACAAUUACUUAACUGGCGUGAUAGAUUUAUUAAUGUAUGUUCUUUAUCAAUAUUCGAAAAAGCUAGAAAUAAAAGGACUCCAAUUUUAAGGGAAGAAAUUAUUCCAUUGUUAAAUGUUCAUUGUAAAUGGGUACAGAAAUAUUUGAUUGGAGAGUUAUUUAAAAUACCAACAAAUCAAAGAUAUUUAGAGAAAUUUAAAAAUGAUAUAGAGGCUAUAAACUUAAUUAAUGACCAAGAUCACUCGAAAAUUGCCAAAGUAAGUAAAAUAUUACGAAAAUAUUAUGGACAACCAAAAUUGUAUCAGAAUGAACAAGAAUACGAUUUAUGUGUUGCAAAAGUGGAACUUUAUAACAAAACACAUUUAAAUAUCAAUGAAUCAUUAAACAACCAACUUGUUAAAGUUGUUAUAGAUCCUAUUCAUUUAUCAAAUGUGGCCUUAGCCUUCGAUGUCCCGUGCGACAUUGCCGUUAGCGAAAUCCAAGAAAAUUUAAGAAACAUAAACGAAAAUGCCACUAAAGCGCUAAAAUUAAGAUCUGAAGUUAAGCUAUUGCCCAUUAAUUUGUACGUAGUGCAAAGAGUAAUAACUGUAUUACAACCUCUUUUAUUAAGAUUUAUUAACAAAUUACCGAACGAUGAAAAUAAAAAUAAUUUAUUUAGUAAAGAUGCCCUAAAAAUUUUAGAGGAUUUAAUUAACUUUGUAAAGGUUAUGAAAGGAUUUCCGCCCAUGUUAAUUAAUCAGCUUCAAGUAAUUCAGAAAAUUCUCGGCGAAGAUGAAGAAGUUGUACGUCAAAGGAUUUCAUCACUCGCCGUCACAUUUGUGUCUGAAAUUUAUAAACUGCUUUCCAAUUCUACGGUAAAUUACCCGUUACCGUUUUUGAAUAUGCACAGUUUAGUUAACAGCGAAGAUGUAGCUGAUACGAUUCCAGGAAAUACUAAGAGAGUGUCGAACAACCUGCCAUUGAUGCCUUAUUACCUUCAAAAAUUGACGACAUAUCAAGAAACACCAGAUUCACAUCCAAAUUUGGCGUAUGAGAAUGUUAGUUUAAAUGAUCGCGUAGAAUAUUCAAUGCAAAUAGGCACAGUGUUAAAUACUUUAUGGAAGAAUAUCGGAACAUUGGAUGCUGCGGCUGAGAUGAAAUGGAAAUCCGAUGCGGCAUUCGAACAGGAAAGGUACCAAUAUCUACUCAAUUGUUUACAUUCCAUACUCUCAGAACAAAGUAAUGUUAAGGAAAAUGCAAUUGAAUCUUCGAAUAAAGCGGAAUCUCUAGAAUUAUACUUCAAAGAUGACAAACAAAUUCUAGAUAUGUUAAAUAAAUCAAAUAAUAUACAAGAACAACUUUUGGAAAUCGUUUCGCAAGAAAUAAAUAACGCGUCGACUAAAAUUGAAAUAAAAAUGCUUACGUCACAACUAUCUCUUUUGACGAGUCUCAUUUUUGUUCGGAUCAUGGCUGAAAUAAGCGAAAUAGAUCAUGUAGAAAAAUAUCGACUAAAAGUGCAAUACAUAGAAGAAGAUAUAAAUAUGUUUGAUAAACUACUCAGUGUAUAUUAUUUGUAUGGAGUUGUAUCUGGAACUAUAAGCGAGCAAAGAAAUAUAGAAAAGGUCUCAGAUAUAGAUUUAGCUUGUUACAAAGACGGAUCGGAAAAUAAAGAAAAGUUGAUAAAGGUUCAUCCCUACUGCAAAAUAUUAAUGGAUUUGAAAGAAAAAACUGCUCAAAGAGUACAUAAAUAUGCAUCUGGGAAUACCUUCAGACCACAAGAACCAUCUUACAAUAACUUUGUAAAGGAUUGUAAACAUUUUACAAAGUCUGUUCUAUCAGAUAAAACAGUAGCUAUAAUUUCAACGAACUUGAUAUCAACGUGUGCCAAGUUAUUUGAAGCGAUAAAAACAAAUACGUAUGAUAAAUCCGUAACGCAACACGCACACACUGUUAUUAAGGAGACUUCUUCGUGGUUGUAUUCAACGAAAGCAUUCAAUAAAAAAGUUGACUCGUCAUAUUCCGAGGCUUUCCCUGAUUUGGCAAAACCUUUACAGAGUUCGCUGUCUCAAAUCAUUUAUAGCGUUACAUUAUUGAAUGAUUUGAUCCGGGAAUUUAUCGUCAAAGUCGAACAAGGUCCUAAUUUGCAUAGCAUAUUGACAUCUCUCUUGACUUAUCCCGAUAAUAUUCCUUCUAAAGACGCAAGGGAAAAGCACCUCAAUCGAUUUGUAUCGUCCAGCUUUAUACAACUAUUAAAUAGAAAUAUCAUUGCCGUAAAUGAGGAUUUAUACCAAGCCGAAGUAGAAUGUUUACAAGUGCUAAAAAUGAAUUUAUCAGAAAUAAGCAUGAAUAGCAUGGCAUUGGAACGCAUUGACAAAGUGACGGCCGAUGCAAUGCUGAAUACUCUUGACGCUUUGGUGAAAGCGUGGGAGAAGCAAAGACAAGAAAUUGAAAAACAGAAGCAGGAUGAAGAAGCCCUCUACGUUACUAAAUCAAAAUGCGAGGACGAAGACGAAGAAGCAAUAGCUUACGAAGAGAUAAUGGAAAUGUUCCCGUCCUAUUCCGAAACCGAUUUUGCCGAGUUCAAACCGCCAUCACUUGAACAGAAAAAAAUAAAAACACCGACCACAGAUAAAGCAAAAUAUUUAAUAAACUCCGAAGAUGUCACGCUUAUUUAUAAGUGGCACUCGAACUUUGUUCGCAACAUGACGAGUGCGGAAUGGUUAACCAGCCCAAAGAGAUUGGCUAAUAAUGUCAUCAAACCGUUGUUACUGCGCUACCCAAUAUUUAGCAAGGUUAUACAGAACGCCUGGGAAGCACUGGACGCAGAAUUCGAAGGCCAAAUUACACCAAGUUUACUGGUUUUGGUAUCUCAUAUUAAGGCAACAGUUGAUGGUAAUGAUGUAACAAAUCAAAAAUUGGACUUCUACCGAUCGGCCUGGGUGUCGGAAACGAGGGAGUGCUUGCCGUUGUUACAAAAAGUUAAAGAAAACACCAAUGAGUUACUAGAUCAGUGGCCAGACUUUCCAACACUUAAGGAUAUUAUAGUAAUAGUAGAUAGAAUCCUUGGUUUCUCAAUAACAAGUCCCGUAUCCCGAUUUUUAACGGGUUUGGAACUACUCCGGGACAAAAUCGAGGAGUGGAACAAAAAUGCUCAUAAAGGGAACAAUAUGAUCGACAUUUCCUUGGCAGUGGGUCAGCAAAUUAUUAAUUGGAGAAAACUUGAAAUGAGCCAUUGGAAGGAAUGUCUCAAUAACCUCUAUCAACGGAAACAGUCUGAGGCGCACAAAUACUGGUUCUAUAUGUACGCAGUAAUCAACUCCUAUUUAGACCCCGACUCUGAUGAUUCAGUAUCGUCUGCAAGGGUUGUGUCCGUGCUGAAAGAUUUUAUGGAGAAAUCAAACCUCGCUGAAUUCGAGGUCAGGUUAGAUAUCGUCUUCGUGUAUCACUGUCAUCUCGUGCAUUUGGAACGCAAUGAGAGACGAGAUGAGCUGAUAUCAAUAUUAUGGAACACGUACAACUUCUACGCGCAAUUCUCGGCUCAAGUAGCCGCAUUUAUAAAAGAGAAACGAGCACCGAUUGAGAAGAAAUUGAAGGAUUUCGUCAAAAUCUGUACCUGGGACCGAGACCUUAGCUACUGGAGUGUUAAGGACACAGUGGAGAAGGCUCACAAAGCACUUCAUAAACACACAAAGGAGUUUGAGAAAGUUCUCAAAGAGAGCGUAUCAAGUUGUCUAGUUGACAACACAAGUGAAGUCGGCGCAGAUCACGUCGGUAUCUGGGAUCGUCCUAAGAGAGCGACCGGUGCAAGUGCAACUGGAGGCGCUUAUAUGAUAGACCCGCAGAACCAUAUCGUACUAGCUAGAAAUAUAAAGAAAUACUUAGACCAAUCGGAACAGCCCUGUGCAAUAAUAUCAGAAGUUAGCCUUUUGUCUAAGAUUCCAUCCUUACUCAACAAAGCUAAGACGCUGUGUAAGGAUACAAUCACGAAUACCGGAUACCCUGCAUUAGUUCAAGCGUUAGAUGAUUUUGUAACGCUUGUUAUUGAGACGAGUGCGCAUUUGGGCUCAUUAGAGGUGGAUUCAUCAGCAGCUAAGGAAAAACAAAAAUCCCAAGCAAAGAAUAUCGUUCAACAGAAACGAAAAGCACUCGCGGAUCUAUUCAAGUAUCUCACUAAAAUGGGCCUUAAUUAUCGCACGGGCUUGGUCAUAUUGUCAGCUGCAGAAGAAUUAUACGACUUUACAAUUCCGCCCGUGGAUUUGGAAGCAACUAUGAAAUAUUUAAAGAGCAGGCGUUGUGACCCAACACUGAUUAUGCUAUGGUCUGGCUGCGAAAAAUACUUCCAGAGGAACAUCGCCCGACACCGACUGUUUGCAGCCGCCUUACAAUCGCCCCAUAGUGAUCUUGGUAUGCAGAAUAUAGAACGUUGUAAGGGAUUCGCUGCACAAUUAUUGAAACUUACAAAUAGUCAAAAGAAAACAAUUUCUAAAUAUACAAGAUAUAUAUGUGACUUGCGAACAGUUACGACUAAUCUAACGAAUGCUCUUGAAGCUGAUAUUAGCAACACGAACAUUACAACGUUGAAAGAAAAAUUGAACGUUCUCGUCGAAUGCUACGCUCAGACCAGUAUUUUAUUAGACCAAUUUAGUAUUGUACUGAAAUCUAUACCAGAAAAAACGAUGAACUCAAAUAACGAGCCUGAAUUCGAUGUUGUAUUAUCAGAAUCACCUAUAUCUCGUUGUUUCAAAGAUAGCGAAGAAUGGCGUGAACUGUAUAAAAAAACAAAGGCCAUCAUAUCCAUUGUGGAUAAACAGAAAACGGCUCUUUAUAAAUUGACUAAUACAACACCGAAACAAAUCGGCGAAUUUGUAGAAUUCAAUGUCGUUUCUCAAAAUCACAUCGAUAUAACAAACGAUGCUAAAUGUAAUUUGAUUAAAAUAAUUGAAAACUGUGAAGCAAUCUUACUGGAGUAUCAUUUCAAGCUUGGGACAAAUGUUUUCGAUAACUAUUCACCGCGACAUCCACUUCUGCGUGGUAUUGAGAAUUUGGUGAAGUAUUUAAAGGAAACCGUAAAUGAACUUGACAAAAUGGAUCAGCCCUUUGACCAAGACGUGGAUGAACUAACACCUAACACAAUAGUGACACAAACAGAAGAUAUUGCAGCCACGAUGUUGCUAAUUAUUCAGUCUCUAUACAAAAAACAUUUACCAGCUGACAAAAGUAUGGAAAACAUUGAUGUAUUAAACGCAAUCGAUGAAAUUAUUGAUGAAAAAGAAGAACCAAAAGAAAUAUUAGAGGACAAACAUUUGAAAGAAUUAUUGCAAGAAAAACUAUCAACUGACUCCAAAAUGUUACAAUUAGACAAUUUAAUUAACAAAAUGCGUUCGUUAUUACAAGAUUAUGUUCAAUAUAUCGCAACUAGAUCAGAGGUAGACGAAGUUAGGAUUGCGGUUAUGAGAUUGGUCCCAAUAUUGGAACAAGUUGUUUUGUUUGUCCAAUAUUUUGUAUCUCAAAAUGUGGCUGUACACAGAGUAUCCUGUAAAAUGCUAUCUGUAUUACUCAAGAUAUUUUCGGACCUCGCAACAAAAGGAUUCUGCAAACAAUCUGACCUUGAUAUGGAGGAAGGUGAAGGUGACGGCGGACCGGGAAAGCUAUCGAGUGGUAUGGGACUUGGAGAAGGAGAAGGUCAGAAGGAUGUGUCUGAGAGAAUUGAGAAUCAGGAUCAAUUGGAUGACGCGCAUCGUCCUGGAGAAGAAAAGAAACAGGACGAUAGAGAUUGCAAAGAAGAGGAAAAAGGUGUCAACAUGACUGAUGACUUCGAUUCACACUUACAAGAUGUAGAAGAAAAAGAAGGUGAGGAAUCUGAUCAUGAAGAUGAUAACGAUGACGCAGACAAGCAAAUGGGCGAAACUGAAAAUGCAGCUGAAAAACUAGAUCAACAAAUCUGGGGUUCGGAAGAUGAAGAGGAUAUUGAAGAGAAAGAUAAGAAAGAUAAAGAAGAACGCGGUAAGGGUGAAAGUACGGGCGAGAAAGAAAUGGCUGCGAAGGAACAAGAACAGGGUACGGACGACGGGACCGAGGGCAAGGAGAAACAAAAGAAGGAUAUCAAUGAAAUGAAGGAACCGGAAGUUGAUGAUGAUCAUAUUGAUCCAUAUCAUGGUAACGAACAACAAUUACCUGAGCCAGAAGAUUUCGAAAUGCCCGAUAACAUGAAUAUAGACGGUGAAGAUGGGGAUGAAGACAAGGAUGGCGAAACAGAAACGGAAAAUCCAUUUGAAAUAGAUACAAUGAAAGAGACAAUACAAGAGGAAGAGGAAAAUAAAGAAAAAGAAGAAAAGGGAAAUAGAGAUGGCCUUGAAGUGUCCAGUGAUGAAGAAGAUGCUGAGGGAGAUAAUAGCGAGGAACAGAAUAAAGAAAACUCGGAGCAAAACGACGAAGAUGAUAAAUCGAAAGAGAACAACGAAACCGACGAUGUAGACGAAACAAAUGAAAACGCUAAACCAGAUGAGGAAAACCCUGAUAAUGAACCUGAACCCGAAACGGGACCGGACGAAACUGAACCAGAAUCUAAGGACGAUGAGAACCUUCCAAAGAAUCCUGAUAGUAUUGAUGAAGAAGAUGAGAAACAAGAUAAACAACACGAGGCCAAUCCGCAAGCUAACCCUUCAAACGACGAUGCUUCCGCUGAAGAUAAGGUGGAAAACGCAGAAAUGGAAAGGGGAACUAAUGACAAUGUUGAGACCAACACUGAACAAGCUAAGGACGAAGAGGCAGCGCCUUAUGAACAAGCCCAAGAACAAGUAGGUGAAGACAUACAAUCGACGGGAAGAUCGGAAUUAGAUAAAAGUGAUAAGGGACAUCGUGGGGAAAAGCAGGCGGCAAGGGCGGAGAGAUCGCAAGACAAUCAAAAAACGUUUGAGAACAAACCCGGGAGAACUGAUCAAGAACGAACACUAGGUGAUGUCAAUGAACAAAAACAUAAGAAAGCACAUACAUUAAAUGUAGAACAGGAGGAUGCAGAAGAGGGUGGUGAACCUGAACAGAACAAGGAUCAAGAGGCAGACGCUUACCAACAUGUUAAACAAGCGAAGAAGGAUGACCUUCAGGUUGUUGAUGCCGCGACAAAAGAACAAGCAGAUGAACAACCUACAUUGCAGCAAGAAGACGAGGACUCUGAAAAACUGAAAGAUGAUGAAGAAGUUCCUAUGGAUGUAGAUGAUGAUAAUAUUCAGGUAGAUAAGUCGGAAGAAAUUAAAUCGGAGAAAAUGAAAGAUGGCACUGACAAAGAUAAAGACAAAACUGGAAAUAAGAAAGACGGUGGCGAGGACGUUACCGGCGAAACCGGUAUCGAAGUGGAAGGGGAUAAGGUGCUAACAGUCAACGUGCCGAGAGGAAAGGAAACUACAUAUCACACUAAAUUCGAGGAAACGCUCCAACAUGCGGAGGACAUUUCGGUAGAAGAAUACAUGAGUGUCCGGCAGUGGCUGGAGGGCGGCGGGGGGCGCGCGGGCGCGGCGGGCGCGGCGGGCGCGUGGCGCGGCGUGUGGCGCGGCGCGGCGGGCGCGGCGCGCGCGCUGUGCGAGCGCCUGCGCCUCGUGCUCGAGCCCACCGGCCGCUCCCGGCGGGCCGGCGAUUUCCGAACCGGUCGUGCGAUCAACAUGCGUCGCGUGAUCCCGUACAUCGCGUCGCAUUUCCGGAAGGACCGUAUCUGGCUGCGCCGGACCAAACCCGCCAAGCGCGAAUACAAGAUCGCUAUCGCUAUCGACGACUCCAGCUCGAUGUCAGACAACAGGAGCAAGGAGCUGGCGUUUGAGAGUCUGGCCUUAGUCUCGCAGGCUCUUAAUCUCCUCGAAUCAGGCGACCUAGCAGUAUUAAGUUUCGGCGAAAAACCGAACUUAUUACAUCCGUUCACGGAACAAUUCUCAGAACAUUCCGGCGCGAAGAUUUUGGAAGAAUUACGCUUUGAACAGACAAAGACAAAAAUAGCCCAAUUAUUAGAUUUCUGUACAGUAAUGUUCGAUCAACAAUCUGUGAGGAGUGACGCUCUUAACGCAAAGUUACUUGUCGUAGUAAGCGACGGUCGGGGAAUAUUUUCUGAAGGAGAAACAAGGGUUAUACAAGCCGUUAGACGAGCGAGACAACAGGGUUUAUUUUUGGUGUAUGUGAUUAUCGAUAAUCCUGAUAAUAAGGAUUCAAUAAUGGACAUCAGGCGGCCACUCCUGGAUCCUAUCACGAAUACAUUUUCUGGAUUCGUAUCGUAUUUGGAUACGUUCCCUUUCCCAUUUUACAUCAUAUUACGAGACAUGAAUGCAUUACCCACGGUCUUGGGAGAUGCUCUGAGGCAAUGGUUUGAACUCGCUGCGAAUACUGCAAGCUAAUAGACACUUAAAAUUAUGUAUAAAUUUUGUAUGCAAGUUUGAUUAGACAGAAAUUAUUAUAUACAUCUAAUAUACUAAACCAAAAUGUAAUAAGAAAAACUGUUUGUGUGUAUAAUUUAAGUUUCUGUUUCGUCUUUUUUUAACAAUAAGUUGUUAAAAAAGAUAGAUAAAG